UGCCGCUCGUCACGUAGAAGACAUGGGUCUGAUUCCCCAUCUUCCUUGACAAUGUGUGCAGCCGAUUUGUGCUGUCCCCGCCGUGCUAUUGCAGGCAUAUUGAAAAAAAAUGUGCGCCGUAAAACCCAACCCGUGCUCACUCACUCACGCAUACACCUUUCCGAGCGCCUCCGUAAUAGUGGGUAUCGAGCCCGGGUCUUCAGCGUGACCAGCGGACGCUUUAAUCACUAGGCUACCCCGCCGCCCCGAACAACCCUAAUGAAAAACGCUUACAGCCGUGUGUGUCAUAAGGACUGACUGAAGAAGAACGAGGCGUUCGAAACAGUAACUUUGUCAAGUCAUGUUAUUAUUUCCUUGUCGAUCAACGGUGGUGUAGUGGUCUAGGGUUGUUGAAGAAAAAAAAGAAUUUCUCCACACCGUUAGGCUUAAGCUAGAGACACAGUGGGGAGAUGUCCUGUACUUCAUGCUAGAUGUAAGUGGCCUACCUUGCCUUCCCCUUCUCCCCGUGUUCCCCAAGUUACCAAAUGACUAUGCAACUGCUGAUAUUCGCUUUACUGGUGGAGGGGUCAACUGUCGUGCUGAGUUCAACCAAACCAGAUAUCGAUGCUAGUCUAAGAGUCUCCAGAUCUUCAUUCGCCGUCAACCGGAAGUUUGUGUACGUUAGAGAGAACAGCCCAGUGACCUUGAAGUGCAACCCUGAAAAGGACAUUAAAACGGAUGGGUUUAUUUGGCAUCACGAGGGAUCUACAAUACACAAAGACAACAGGUAUGACACUGAGAGACAAGCAGGUAUGAUCUACAUCAACAAGGUCUCUGACGAGGAACUGGGUACUUACAACUGCCUAGUGAAUACCUCCCAGGGAAGCCUCCUGUCUGAGACAGUCAUACUUAGGCUUGCAGGAAUCCAAGAGCCGCAUAUUGUGAGUGGAAAAAAACGGAAGAGUGGUGUGGAUUCGUUGCCCUGUGACGUAUUGGCAUAUUCUGUACCACGUGGUAAAGUGACUUGGAUGAAAAGCGGAAAAGAACUACUUCCUUCAGAAAACGUCUACAUAAACAUGGACGGUGCCCUUGUCUUCCUGUACCUGACAAAAGAGGACAUCUUCAAGCUGUACAGUUGUAAUGUUUACAACAGCAUACUGAACAAAACCAUCGUGGGAAAUACAACUUUUCUAACCCAGGAUGAAGAUGUUGGUACUGGGCUACAGCGGCCACAAACCAGACCAAAACUCAUCAGCAGAACUGGAUCCGUAUCGGUAGCGGAGGGCGAUGACGUCAUACUGGAAUGUGUCUUCGGGGGGGAGCCUGAACCCACGGUAACAUGGACAAGGAAAUACGCCCACGAGGCCCGUCACAAGUACAGCUAUCCUGCGACCAAAGGGAAGCAACUCCGUAUAGCCAGCACAAGCGUCAGUGAUGGUGGUGACUACACGUGCAAGGGGAAGAACACAUUAACGAAGGCUGAAUCAACAGUGACUGUACACAUCGAAAAAAGGCCAGCUUUGCUUAUUCCGAGUUCUAUCGAGUCACGUUUCCUCGUCGCCGGAGAUAAUAUCACCUAUGACUGUGCUCCCGAAAAACAAGGGAUGGAAUCCAAAUGGCUUCUGGAUGGCAAGCCAGUCGUUGAAGGAAUGGACAUGCUUCUUUUAAGCAGCAACAAACAGUCGUUGACCAUUACGUCAACCAGUAGUGACCGAGAUGGGCUCUGUGUCCAGUGCAACGUCAGUAACGACAUCGCCUACACCCUGUACAGCGCCUGUGUCAGAUACGUGGCCACAGAAGCCGAUCUACCAACGACAACCCAGCUCAUCCCUACUUCCGACACGCAAGGUACACAAUCGACGGAGCUGUGGUGGAUUCCUAUUCCCGUCGUUAUUGUCACUGCCGCCGCCAUCGUCAUCGUCGUAACCGUCGUUUGUGUGAGGCGCCGAAGGGCAAAUGAGAAGAAGCGUCUGUCUACCGUCGGGAGUACAGUGGACCUUCCCAACAAGGCGAGCAUCUACUGGGAAGCCCAUCAGAUGAUCGAACAGAAGCCCGACAAAGGGCGAAUCGCACAGAUCGAGAAGAAACAACAGCAGGACGACCUCUGGAACAACAUCAUAUAGAGUGAGUUUAGUUUUACGCCGCUUUUGGAAAUAUUCCAGCAAUAUCACGGCGUGAGACACAAGAAAUGGGCUUCAUACAUUGUACCCAUGUGGGGAUUCGAACCCGGGUUUUCGGCGUAACGAUCGAACCACUAGACAACCCCAACGCCCCUCAUCAUAUAAGAUGAAGAUGCGAUUUAUGUCACUGACAAUUCUGUCAUGCUUAAUGGUUUCACUCGUUGGUUACUGUCAGCAAAUUGCUCGCUUCCCUUGCCAUUGGACAGACACUGCUGUUUCCAUUAAGAUACAGCUCAAAUGUAUUGUGACACACAAACAGCAAACAUAAUCAGUGUUAAAAUUUAACUGACGCGAAGGAAAUAUUAUUACUCUGAAAGACAAAUGAUUUAAAGUAUGGAAACGAUCAACAGUCCAUAACAACAGCGCAUCAUGCAUAUGCAAAUGAGCCUCGACACAAGAGGGGUUCUCAAUCCCCUUGAGUGUUGAUGGAGGUCUGGCACCUACGUCUCACUGAGCCCACAUUGGCGCGAUGAGACACUGUAUUUUGUGCGUACUGUCCAAGAUAACAUGAUCAAAUGUUCCUCGUUGUUUCUAUUAUAAUUAUUAUGAUUAGGAUUGACAUAACCAUUUUAUGACUGCUAAUAUUAAAUGUGUGUAUAAUAUAUAUAUAUAUGUUGCUUGCCUUCCUCUGUAAAUCAGGUUCUAGAAAUAAAUUUGAAAUCACACAA